AAGAAAAAAAUUUCUCUCUUGUAAAUUUAAAGCUGAACAUUGCUCUCCUCUAUCACAAAAUUAAGAUCGGAGCACUCACCAUUGAAGUUGGGCAAUUAAAAUUCAUUAAAUUUGGGCAGGAGGAUGUAACCCUUUCCUCUUUUCACCUUUUUCAACUGGGGUUUUCGUUUUCGCCAAAAUUGUGGUAGUAACAUGGUGUUCACGAGCAAGAAAGCAAGAAGAAGGUGGAGGAAUGAAGGAUGAAGAAGAUGGAGUAGGAAGAAGCAAAGGACAAAAAAUAAUGAAAAAAUACCAAUCUGAAUUUUUGAGAAUUCAAUUCAAUUUUAUUGUUCCAGAUUCAUUUGUUUUUUAGCUGAAUUUGUAACAAGAUUAAUUAGCUUAAAUGUUGUCGGAAAUCAAAUAGUUGAAGAAGAAGUCGUCCAAUCAAGAGAUCGAUCAAUGGCGGUGGAAGCUUCAUCAUUGACUUCAAUGACAGAUGAGAGAGAAAAUAAGGAGAGUUUGAAAGACGAUGUAUACUUGGUCUUCUAGAGUUAACGCCCUCGUUAACUUGGCGUUAAUUGUGGUCCAUAAGUGCCACCUACCAACUGAGUAGAAAUAUAUUUUUUAAAGUCAUUUCACGGAAAACAAAGCAAAAUAUUUACUGAAUUUUCAUUAUAUCAUCAAAUUUCAUUUAUCAUGGUAAUAAACUGGGGCUCCCUCGUAAAAAUUAGGGUGGUGAUAUCCAAAACUCGGUUUAAAUCCCUUAUGUUGCGUCAUCACUAGAAAGCGACGGAAAUAUAAAGCAACAGACCAAAAGCCAAAAAAUUAAUUUGAGAAAAAAAUAAUCUUCCUCUCCUCAAAAAAGCGCGACACUUCUUCCCCCAAAUCAAAUAGAAUUGCAUCAUAUUCAUAUAUCAGAGAGAAACGAAAGAAUAGAGGAGAGAGAAAAUAAAAAUGGAGUCCUACCAUCAACCGCACCACCAUUACAUGAGACCACCUCCUCCACCGCCGCCACAACCUCAAGCGCCGCCGUCAAUGGCGGCGGAUCCCCAUUUUCCUCACCACAAUCAAGCACCGCCUCCUCCUCCGCCGGCAAACUCCUGGUAUUCCGGCCAAUUUCAAUACCACCCUUCUCACUCUCCUUCCCCUCCUCCGCCGCCGCAGCAGCAGAAUCAGUGGGGCCCACCACCUCCGCCGCCGCCGUAUUCCGGGCACUCUCACCAGCCUUUUCCUGCGCAAGCUUACCCUCCUCCGCCGCCGCCUCCCCCUCGUCCUUCUCAAGCACCCCCUCUUCCUCCUUACCAGCAUCAGGAUUGGACAAAUGCAAAUUGGAACCAUCAUGCAGGUUGGGAAUAUCCAGCCCAUGCAAAUGAAGAAGACUGGGAAGCCAAGGCAAGGGCUUGGGCAUCUGCCAGGUCUGCAAUGGAAAGUCAGCCUCAACAGGCACAGUUCACGUCAGUGGUACGGCAAGAAGAGCCAUCGCACUAUGCAAACCAGUAUGCCCAACCUGUUGAAUCUCAUUAUCAAGAUGCUCAGCAAGCUUCCUAUCCCUCAUCUGGCUAUCAGAAUUAUCAAGGAUCAGCUGCACCUAUAAAUAGACAACCGACGGUUCAUCAGCAGGAGCCUGCAUCCUUCAGUUCAUAUGCCCCAGAUGUGCAUCUCUCAUACGCUACUAAAGAUGGAGCUCUUGGUGGAGAUAUGAGUGCUGCAUUUCCUCGCCAUCAAGGAUCAACAAGUUCUUUUGUUCAUCAGCAGGAGGUACCUUCUAGUUAUUCUUCUGUUCCAGGUAAGGAAGAUGGCUCUCAGGGACAGCAACAUGGACAUCCAUUGCUUCCUGCUGAUGGUAGGUCAGUACCGAUGGAUCAUACUCGGUUUGCGUAUGGAAAUCAUGCAAUGGAUCCAAUGGAUCAACCUCUUAGCUUUGCUCCAAGAUACAAUCAUGAAAGUGAUUCAAAGAUGCAAUCCGGCUAUCCUGAUUCAUCAGGUCCUGUAAGAGGAACAGAUUCUUUUACUGCUGUGCCUUCUUUGCAUGCCUGGUCUGCUCCUGUUACACCAGGCAUAUCCUAUCCACCUAUUACACCUGCAUUUCCGUCAGCAUCACAGCAUGAUCCGUCUAUAGGUAUACCUCCACUUCCUGGACAUCCUGCGCCUAUGUUUGGACGAGGCCCAAGCUUUCAGCCAACGGUUCCAUCCAUUACUUCACCUGUUGGUUUGGGUGCAGGAGGUUCUCUUCAUUCUACUGCAGCUUUUCCCAUUGAUGCGUAUGGGGCUUCGUUGAGUUCUGAUCGUCCUAAAAAGGCUGCAGUGCCUAACUGGCUAAGAGAGGAAAUAAUUAAGAAUAAAGCAACAAUUACAAGUUCGGCACCAAAGCCCUUUAAAGAGGAAAGUCAAUCAAACGAAGAUGAAAUUAUUGAUAAGUCGACAGCGAAGGGUGAUCAGGCAGACAGUAAAAGCAUGGAUUCAGCUAAGUCAGCUGAAGAGGAGGAUGAGGACUAUGAAGAAGUACAGAAAACUGCUGCCAUCAACCAGGAAAUAAAACGUGUUUUGACUGAAGUUCUCUUGAAGGUAACUGAUGAGCUUUUUGAUGAAAUUGCCACAAAAGUACUUAGUGAAGAUGAUCUUGCUGCUGAUGCUUUGGCUAGACCUGAGAACCAUGUUCCAAUUCUCAAAACAUCACCACCACGUCCAACUGUUCCAGCUCUUAAGGCUUCUGCUAAGGUCCUUAUUCCUGUAAAAGCAAAAGCAUCCGAGGGACUUGUUAGUGGAGACUCUAGUUCUGGUACUCCUGGGGAUGGGAAUGUUUUAGGCCUGGCAAAUUAUUCCUCUGAUGAUGAAGAUGAAUACCAGACUUCAAGCAUGUCCAAGUCUGACAAAGUAGCUGGAGAGAAUGGUCACCGACAGCCAGAACUUGAAGACUACAGAAAACAUGUGGCUGCUUCUGAAGGUGAUCGUAGUAAUGGCAACCAUGAUUUUCCUGCUUCUAAGUUGAAUAAAGAGGUUCAGCAAUCCUCUUCUAGAAGUUCCGUGUCUGUGGGUAGGAAAGGUGAUGGUGUUGUUGCUGAUGAACAAUCUAUUGUUAAGUCUGAAUCUGCUAAUUUAAUAGAUAGUGGUCGCAAAGCAACUUUAAGUGGGCCAGAUGUUCUCACUGAGAAAGAAUAUGUGAGAAAUUCAGCCAAAGAUGAUACCCAGGAAAGAGAUGCCAAAAGACGUGAUAGACAUGAAAGUAAGAGGAGCUCAUCUGGAAAAGAAAGUUAUAAGGAGAAAGAGGUUGGUAAGGAAAGGGAAGCUGGGAAGGAGGAGACUCGUGGUAGACGAGAUCCAAAGCGUCAAAAGAAGGAUAAAACAGAGGAUUAUAAUAUUUCAAGAGAGAGGUCGAAAGAGAAAGAUGAUAAACACACGGAGAAAACAAGGGAAUCAGAUUCUAGAAGGUCUCCUCACCACGAAGACAAGGAUGGCAAAAAAGAAAGGGAGAGAGACAGGAAGAGAAGCGGUAAAGAUGAUGCUGACAAGAAAAAAGAGAGAACAAAGGAUGAUAAAGGUGAUAAAUCAAGACACAAGUCCUCAAGUGAUGCAAGUAGGCACAAACGAAGGCGUUCCUCAUCAGUUGGUAGAGGUAGGAAAAAUGAGGAAAGCGGAGUAGCUUCAGAUGGUUCUGAUGAUGAUGCCUCUAACGACUCUAAAAGGAAGGUUCAUUCAAAAAGGCGUAAUUUGUCUCCUUCUCCUGUCAGGUCUAAGCGAAGACAAGUUUCACGGUCUCCUCAUAGCAAGCAUUCACAGCGCAGGCAUUCUCCUUACCCUUCUCUUGACGAUAGCAGGGGGAGAAGGUCAAGAUCUAGGUCAAGGUCAAAGUCAAAGUCAAGAUCACCGAUCCGUCGUCGGAGAUGAUCAAAUGUACACUGCGCUGAAUGAUGUUAUCAGAGAUGGAUGAAGUGCUUCUUUCCGCAAAAGUUUUGAGCUUUGGCAGAUUCCAAUGAGUUUAAAGCCCCUUCAUGUGGAUGUGAGGAUAAACUCAUUGUAUGAUGGUGCUUGCAGACCCUUGAAUACUCGAAUUCAAGAUUACUGCUGAAAGAUAUGUGCGAAGCAGUGAAGUUCAGGAUGCGUUCUUGGGUUGCUAAAGUAGAUAUUCAGAGGGUUUUUCUGCCUUUUGGUGUGUAUUCCUUGUGUGAUUUUAGGCGUUCUUGUCUCUUCAUUGUACCUACAAAUUUUGUAAAACUGAUAUAAGGUUGUAUCAUGUUUCCCCACACUCAAUAUAGUUUUCUACAUGUUAGUUUAUCAAUCUAAAGCAAUGUGCUGUGGAGUAUAUGACUUACACGGUUACACCUGAG